AUGUUGCGUACCCUAACCAGAGCGUACCAUGGUGCACUGGGGACGACGAUACGGUCGGCGCCUGCACUUUCGCCGCUAGCCAAUAUCCCAUAUCUUCAAGCCCCGAGGCUUGAUUCAGCCCAAGAGCAACGGCACGUGGGCAGCGUGCAGCGCCACCUACAGGACGCUGGCGUUCUGAAAAUCAGCCUCAACUUUGACGAUAACGACUCCCACUACCUGACAAGUCUCAUUCAAGGACUGCACAAAUGGCACGGCCACGGACUCCCCAUCACCCACUCCGCCCACCGCGGCUGGUACUGGGAUAUCCGGCCCAGCCAAACGGUCUUCCAAUGUCCGGACCACCAGGCGCGGUCAGAAACCAUGAAUGAGUUCCCCUGGCAUACCGACUGCAGCUACGAGGCCUCCCCGCCGCGGUUCUUCGCGCUGCAAGUCCUCCAUCCGGACCAAUGCGGCGGCGGCACGCUCUCCGUGCUGAAAGUCGACAAUCUCCUCAGACUCCUCUCGGAGUCGACACGAGCUGCGCUCCAAAAGAAAGACUACCUGAUUACCGUGCCGCCGGAGUUCCGGAAAACAGACAACAAGGACGAGUCCAUUGUCGGUAGUCUACUCGCUCCGGACCCGGCAUCCGGGAGCCUGGCGCUCCGCUUCAGAGAGGAUAUCUUCACUCCCUUGACGGGCGAGGCGGGACUGGCGCUGGAAGAGCUCAAGUCUGUCUUGCUGGGCCCGCAGGCGCAGUCUGAGGUCGUGCAUCUCACAGCCGAGAUGAUGCCGCGCGGCUCCAUCGUCAUCAUGGAUAACAGGCGGUGGUUGCAUGGUCGCAAUCAGGUGAAGGACCCCCGGAGACAUUUGAAGCGCGUGAGAUGGGAUGCCAGGCCGUUUGGUCUAGACUAG